AUGGACCUACCACCCUUUGACAUGUGGAGAGACUACUUUAACCUGAGCCAGGUGGUGAUGGAUAUAAUUCAGAGCCGGAAGCAAAGACAGGAGGGUGAGGUAGCAGAGGAGCCCAACUCCAGGCCCCAGGAGGAGAGUGAGCAGGGCCUGGAGGUCUACCCUGGACGUCUGCCUACCAUAUGCAACUUCUGCAAGCACAAUGGAGAGUCUCGUCACGUCUACACCUCACACCAGCUGAAGACACCUGAAGGGGUGGUUGUGUGUCCCAUCCUGAGGCACUAUGUGUGUCCUGUUUGCGGAGCCACCGGCGACCAGGCUCAUACACUCAAGUAUUGUCCACUCAACAGCAGACAGCAGACUCUCUACCGACGUGGUGGGCGAAACUCAGCGGGUCGCAGAGCCAAGCGAUAA